ACUGAAUAAUAACAAAAUAACAGCUAAAAUUAUUUGGUAUUAAGCAAAGCAAAGCCAAAUUAAGACAUGAAACUCUCACGAGUGUGUGGCUACUUGCAGCAGCCACUGUUGCUGCUGCUGCUGUUGCUGUUGCUGUUGUUGCAACCUGGCUGCAUUAGCAGCCAGAACAGCAGCCUGCGCGUGAAUACAUACCUCAAGGAUGUGAAUGCAACGGUAAUGGUGCUGCCUUCCAUACAGAGUGCGGGCAAUAUAUGCACACGCGAGGAGCCCUACGUGGAGGUGGUGCAGGUGCCGGAGGUGCAGCCGGUGCGGGUGCGCACGUCCACCUGGUGCUUGGAGAUACCGCCGCGCUGCCCCUCAUACAAGACGGAAAUGCGCGAGAUGAUGAAGGUGCAGAGAGUCAACAAAACGCGCACAGUACGCUUUUGCUGCCAAGGCUAUGAGGGCAAUCUCUCGGAUAGCCACGCCAGCUGCCGGCCCAUUUGUCGCGGCGGUUGUGGGCGUGGCAAUUGCCUAAUGCCCGAUAUCUGCAGCUGCGAGGAGGGCUACACCGGCAAACACUGCACCCAGCGCUGUGAUCACGAUCGCUGGGGACUGGAAUGCAAGAAUCAAUGCCAAUGUCAAAAUGAUGCGGUUUGUGACAAUAAGACAGGCGGUUGCCAUUGCAUUGCCGGCUGGGCGGGUCAAUUCUGCGAGCAGCCGUGUCCGGUGGGCACACAUGGCGUCAUGUGCCGCAAGACCUGCGACUGCAAAGAGAAACGUUGUCAUCCGCAGACCGGCGAAUGCAUAGCAGAGGAAAGCGCUGGAGCCGUCAAUGUCAGCCACGUUGUGCUGGAGACCAUUAACUCGACCAUGGCAAAUCUGACGCACAACAUCAACAAGAUUGCCAAGCGCAUUGGCAGCAUGUCCGAGGUCAGCCACAUCCAGGUGACGCCCAGUGCCCUGCCAGAGGUCAUACUGAUCAAACAGCCCUUACAGGAGGCCGCACACACGCCCAAGAUCAUAUUGCACGAAUCGAGCAAUGCGCUGCUGGAGAAUCUGCAUACCGCUGCAGCGGCGGGUGUUCCAACACCCGAGGUCAUACAUGUCAUCACGAAUGCCGGCGGCAGUGGAUCGCAGGAGCAUUCACCACAGCUGAAUCUGGCCGGUUUCGCUGCCGGCGAAAGUAAUCCCAGCCGCAGCGCCCAUGAUCAAGAUUCCAGCCUGCUGAGUACCUUGAUUGUCAUGCUGCUCAUGCUGAUGAUUGUCAUCACACUGGGCUUCCUCUAUGUCUACAGACGUCAGCAUUUGCACAAGGAGGCCGUUGUAUAUAAUGCCAAUGGCACGUUCAGUUCUCCACAAGGGCAUGGCACUGGCCAUGCCAAUCCCGAGGUUGUGAUCAGUGAGUCUAGCGCACUGGGCAAAAUCUUUCAUGGACCGCUGCCAAAGCCUCCUGCCAUAGCUUCUAAUCAAUCCCAAACGAACGAGGCAUCCUUGCCGGAACUAUAUGAUACGCCGAGCAAUAACUCUUCAAUAACUACGCAACCCUAUGCCUAUGCGCGAAAGGAAUCACUUUACUCGGUCAUCUCGCCCAAGUCUCGCAAGGGCAGCCUCGACUCGCAUCUGUAUGACGAGAUACGCUAUCAUCAGCAGCACCACCACCAGCCCCACCAGCACCACCAGGACCACCAUCAACAGCAGCAUCCACAACACCAACUACAUGCCUCGCAGCAGCCACGUUAUCAGCAUUCAACCACAGCAACCGCUUUUUUGCCUCCACCCCCGCCACUUCGUCGUGGUCAGUCGCACCAGCAGCAGCAGCAGCACCACCACCACCACCAGCAUACUACAUCGGCUGGCUCUCAUGUUUCGCACUUGAUCAUACCGCCGCAGAACGCCAACUUUCUGCAGGUGCCCAAUCAGAUUACAACGCACAAAAUUGCCCACUUGUAGAUUUUACGUUCGUUUAAGAAUCAGACCGACUUUUACAAGCCGAAUAACCAUUACAACUAAAAGCACUAAGAAUUAAAAAUAAAAUAAAAUCAACAAGCAAAUUACAUCAUGGAAAUUGUUAAAUAUUAAAUUGACUUUUCAUAUCUACCGUAUUAGAAACAGAUCUACGGCAGCGCAACAAAACACCAUCAGAAAUAUUAUUAGCAAUAUAUGUAGGCAUCAUUGUACGGCUUU